AUCACCUUAGUAGACCUGAUGCCGCAUAUCCGGAGGGUGCUCGCUGCAUCGGGAUUGCGUGAUGGUUCGGUUAAUAUCAUCUCGCGGCACACGACCACCGCCAUCACGAUUAAUGAGUGGGAGAGCCGGCUCGCGCGCGACCUCAAGUCGUGGCUGCUGCAGCUCGCGCCGCCCGAUGACCGGUCGGCUGCGCUGGAGGCGUGGCGCGCGCAGGAGCCGAUCAACGCGCACUCACACCUCGCGUGCAUGCUGCUCGGAUCGAGCGAGUGCGUCCCAUGCGUCGGCGGCGAACUUGUGCUCGGCCAGUGGCAGUCCGUGAUGCUUGUCGACCUGGACGGGCCGCGGGCACGCACCGUGGGUAUUCAGUGUCUGGGC